CGACAGCGUAGCAAGCUUCUUGAAGAACAAAGCCACGCGACUGCGGCUCCCAUCUUAGGAGGACUCGAUUCACUGCUCCUGCCGUGCUACAAUCUUUUUCGGGGCAAAACAAUCAUUCUCUCUAGGCGCACCGCAGCUUUAUUGUUGUCGAGCAUCGUCAGACCUCCUGCACAACAGCGCUACGAAUUCGCGCCAUCAUGAAUGUCCUCAAGCUUCAGAGGAAGUUCCCUCAAUUCCAGCAAAAUGACAUCUUCUCCUUAGCCGACGCCUUCCGCAAGCUGGAUGUUGACGACAAAGGGUACAUUGACGAGGCUACUGCCAUCAAGGCCACUCAAGCGAGCGAGCGUCAACCAUACGAUGUCGUUCGUCAGGCCUUGAAGGAGGUAGAGCUUGAUUCCUCGAGGCGGGUCGAGCUGGAAGACUAUGUCGGGCUCAUCGCCAAGCUCCGCGACUCUUCUGGACCGCAGCGGACUGCCGCUGCCGCUGCCUCUACCCCUGCCGCCGUCAUCUCCCAACGGACGGGGCCGGGCCACGCCUCCAAACCGAGCCUCGGUGGCAGCGGCAAGAUUUUCGUGCAAGGCUCGAAUGCUAACAUCACUCACACGAUCAAUGAAGAUGAGCGCACCGAGUUUACCCGCCACAUCAACGCCGUCCUCGCUGGCGACGCCGACAUUGGCCAACGGCUACCGUUCCCGACAGACACUUUCGAGAUGUUCGACGAGUGCAAGGAUGGUCUUGUCCUGGCCAAGCUUAUCAAUGACAGCGUUCCUGAUACGAUCGACGAACGUGUACUGAACGUGCCCGGGAAGAAGUCGAAGACGCUCAAUGCCUUCCAGAUGACGGAGAACAACAACAUCGUGAUUGAAUCCGCGAAGGGUAUUGGCUGUUCCGUGGUGAACAUUGGCAGCGGGGAUAUCAUCGAGGUCCGAGAGCAUCUUAUUCUUGGCUUGAUCUGGCAGAUCAUCCGCCGCGGUCUCCUGGGCAAGAUCGAUAUCAAGCUCCAUCCCGAGCUUUACCGACUACUUGAGGAGGAUGAGACACUGGAGCAAUUCCUCCGCCUCCCGCCAGAGCAGAUCCUGCUGCGUUGGUUCAACUAUCACCUCAAGGCUGCCAAUUGGUCCAGGAGGGUACAGAACUUCUCCAGCGAUGUGAAGGAUGCCGAGAACUACACGGUACUGCUGGCACAGAUCGGUUCGGAGUACGGCUGUACACGCGCUCCUCUUCAGACCCGCGAUCUGCAUCAGCGCGCGGAGGAAGUGCUCCAGAACGCCGACAAGAUGGGAUGCCGGAAGUUCUUGACUCCUUCCUCGCUCGUCGCCGGGAACCCCAAGCUCAACCUCGCUUUCGUGGCCAACCUAUUCAACACGCACCCCGCCCUCGACCCCAUCACCGAAGAGGAGAAGCUCGAGGUAGAGGACUUUGAUGCCGAAGGAGAGCGGGAAGCCCGUGUCUUUACCCUCUGGCUUAACAGCUUGGACGUACAGCCAGCCGUCCAAUCAUUCUUCGACGACCUCAGGGAUGGCACGGUCCUUCUUCAGGCCUAUGACAAGGUGAUCAAGGGUUCUGUUAACUGGCGGCACGUCAAUAAGCCACCGGCCCACGGCGGCGAGAUGCUACGGUUCAAAGCAGUCGAAAACACCAAUUACGCCAUCGAGCUUGGCAAACAGAACGGUUUCUCGCUGGUCGGCAUCCAAGGCGCCGAUAUCACGGACGGACAACGCACCUUGACGCUGGGUUUGGUCUGGCAGCUAAUGCGCAAAGACAUCACGCUGACCCUCCGAGGCCUGGCACAGCGCCUCGGCAAGCGGGAGAUCACGGACGCGGAAAUGGUCCGGUGGGCCAACGACAUGAGCCGCAAGGGCGGCCGCAACUCCAGCAUCCGCUCGUUCAAGGACCCGGCGAUCGGCACCGGUGUCUUCCUUCUGGACGUGCUCAACGGCAUGAAGAGUAGUUAUGUCGACUAUGAUCUAGUCACCCCCGGCCGUACCGAUGAAGAGGCCUACCUAAAUGCCAAGCUCGCCAUCAGCAUUGCCAGAAAGAUGGGGGCCACCAUCUGGCUGGUACCGGAGGAUAUCUCCCAGGUCCGCAGUCGCCUGGUGACGACCUUUAUUGGAUCGUUGAUGGCUACAUACGAGAAGAUGCAGUAG